AUGGCAGAUAGGUCAAACUUUUCUUUCAUCGGCUCGAUUCUGGAGGUUAUGUUUUGUGAUGUUCCUCCCACCAGUAAAAUUCUAGAGGGUUAUCGCACUCUUACUCCUUCAGUACCUCGUCCAUUGACUAAUGGAUUUCAAGAAAUUUUGGCUGAGAGAAAGGCUCCUACUGCUUCAACUACUGCACCAAAGCGAAGGAAGCAACAUGCUAGAAAGAGAAAGUCUCCCACUCCUACUCUAUCUCAACGUGAAGGAGAAAAUACUGAUUCUGAAACUGAGUCGAAGAUUCGCAUUGAGGAGGAUCCCCCUGCUCAUAUUGCAGAAGAUGAGCCCGCUUCAUCUCUGAAUCAUGAGGUAACUCCACCAUUUAAUGAUUCUGUUCCUUCUCCACCUCCCUCACCAAAAACAACUACUUCUAUCCCAAUCACCAUCGCACCUAUUCCACCACCAGUAUCAUCUCAACCAUCCACAACUAUUGCACUCUCAAUCUCUAUUUUCACCGAAUCCACCAUUUCGCCCCAUACCUCUCCCAUUCGCACCGAUGACUCAGAAAUGCUUUUCAGAGAUGAUGAAGAUGAUGAUUUGGAUGGAUUCACUUUCAGUGCUUUUUAA